AUGUCGGUGCUUAUUGAACUAAUCAAAACACGAAAAUUACCUUGGAAAUGUGCUGAGCAGUGGGACAUCCAUUCAGGGCUUGGCAAAACACACUCCCUAAGCGCUGCUGAUAAUCUUCAAACUUGGCGUUCCUGCAAUUCCUUUUUAAAUUCCACUGACUCUAAGUCCAAACAAUUGUAAUCUUUUUGAACAAGUCCCUUAAAGUUUUCAGUGAAUUCUUCAAACAAUUUUGAAAUAUCGGAGCUCAGUGAAGCGCCCAUCACCCCACAAAUCACAAUGCUUUCCAAAUAGCUGAAGUCUAUGGCUAAGCUCAAAAUUUCCCUGAUUUUCAGAAGUCGACGAUUUGUCCCAACAAGCAGAGAAAAAGGCAGUCGAGCAUUGAAAUCCCAAGGAACUAGUGGAGUUCCCUCAUUAGCAAAAUAUUCAGGAAGUUUGGCUCUAGUGGUUUUGAACUGCACAAAGAAGGUAUCUAGCACCUUUAGUGCAAAAUCAACCUUUUCAAUAGAUUCCUGCGGUUCACCCUUAAGAAUUUCGGUUGAUUCCAAGUAUUUCUUUGUUUGAAUAACUAAAGCACUAGCGGUUUUCUGUAAGAGUACAAUAAAUCGAGAUGGUUUUCGGAAACUUUCGGACUUGAUCCAAGAAAGUGCCAAUAAAUGGAAAAGAGGUGCAAAGUAUAUGGAAAUUCUUUCGAAUUCCAGUUCCUCAAUCUUUUUGAAAAUUCGAUCAAAUGGUUUUAAAUAUAUACACAUUUCUCCAGAUUCGUGAACGACUGAGUCAAUACUAUUUUUCAUUUUGCUUACAGUAGUUGAAUAA